AUAUCUUCCUUGAGUUGAAAGGCAAAGAAUUUAUAAAUAUUCUUAUUAAGAUUGUGUGCAUGACAUGAUAUAGAUGAAGUAAGGAGCAAAAAUGGGAAGAAACUUGGGCUUAGUUGCAGGUUCGCACAACAGCAAUGAAUUCAUUAUCAUACGUCAAGAUGGUGAUUUUCUUAGGGAUGAGUGGGAAGGGUUGUGCGGUGAAGUGUGCCAGCUAUGUGGAGAAGAAAUAGGAGUUACUGAAGAUGGUGAUCUCUUUGUGGCUUGCAACGAGUGUGCCUUUCCCGUUUGCAGAAACUGUUAUCACUAUGAACGCAGGGAAGGAAGCCAAGUCUGCCCACAAUGCAAAACCAGAUAUAAGCGUCUCAAGGGAUGUGCGAGAGUUGAGGGUGACGAAGAAGAGGAUGACAUUGAUGACUUGGAGAACGAAUUUGAACAAGAGAUGCAUGUCACUAUGCCUCUCGAGGAUGAUGAAACAUCUCAAGAACAUCAUCAUAGUGCCUUAGUUCCAUCAUACAUGAUGAGUAAAGAGAUGAUUGGAUUGCAAUCCCGGGCCAUGGAUCCUUCGAAGGACCUUGCAGCUUAUGGCUAUGGAAGUGUUGCAUGGAAAGAAAGAAUGGAAUUGUGGAAGCAAAGGCAACAGAGACUUGAAGAGUCUCAUCAUCAUCACCAAAAUCAUGCUUCACCAGAUGAUGACACUCAAUUCCCUCUAAUGGACGAAGCAAGACAACCAUUAUCAAGAAAGAUGGGAAUUCCAUCGAGUAAAAUGAACCCAUACAGAAUGAUGAUAAUAAUAAGGGUGGUGGUUGUUGCUUUCUACUUCCAUUAUCGAGUAACUCAUCCAGUUGAAAACGCAUAUGCCUUGUGGCUUGUAUCAGUGAUAUGUGAGGUUUGGUUCACUCUUGCUUGGAUUCUUCACCAAUUCCCUAAAUGGUUCCCUGUCCAAAGGGAAACCUACUUGGAUCGUCUUUCCUUAAGGUUUGAAAAGGAAGGAGAAGGUUCAGAAUCAGAGCUUUCAGCAAUUGAUAUAUUUGUUUCAACAGUUGAUCCACAAAAGGAGGCACCAUUGGUGACAGCAAACACUGUUCUUUCAGUACUGGCUGUGGAUUACCCUGCUGAUAAGGUUUCUUGUUAUGUGUCUGAUGAUGGAGCAGCAAUGUUAACAUUUGAGGCCUUAUCUGAAACUUCUGAAUUUGCAAAGAAAUGGGUUCCUUUUUGUAACAAGUUCAAUGUUGAGCCUAGAGCACCUGAAUCCUAUUUUGCUGAGAAAAUUAAUUACCUUCAAGAUAAGGUGCACCCUUCAUUUGUCAAAGAGAGAAGAGCAAUGAAGAGAGAAUACGAGGAGUUUAGAGUUCGAAUGAAUUGUCUGGUUGCAAAAGCUGGGAAGGUUCCUGAAGAAGGUUGGACAAUGCAAGAUGGAACCCCAUGGCCUGGCAAUACUAUUCGUGAUCACCCCGGAAUGAUACAGGUUUUUCUAGGAAAAAGCGGGGGACAUGACAAGGAUGGUAAUGAACUACCACGUUUGGUAUAUGUUUCAAGAGAAAAGCGACCUACUUUCAAUCAUCAUAGAAAAGCUGGUGCACUUAAUUCACUGGUGAGAGUGUCUGCAGUGCUUUCCAAUGCCCCUUUUGUGCUGAACUUGGACUAUGAUAAUUACAUUAACAAUAGCAAGGCUAUAAGAGAAGCCAUGUGCUUCAUGAUGGAUCCAUUGUUAGGUCAAAGGGUUUGCUUUGUUCAAUUCUCUCACAGAUUUACUAAUAAUGAUGCUAAUGCCUCAAUCCAUGAUGAUGACUCAUAUCACAACCAAACAGCUGCUUUUACUGAUGUUAAGAUGAAAGGUUUGGAUGGUAUUCAAGGGCCUACAUGCAUUGGGGUAGGAUGUGUGUUGAGAAGGCAAGCAUUGUAUGGUUAUGAUGCUCCAAGAAGAAAGAAGGGUCCAAGAAGGACAUGCAACUGCUGGUCAAAGUGUUGUUGCUGCUGCGGAUGGUGUUGCAUGGGAAAGAAGAAGAAGAGGUGCAACAAACACAGAUUAGAUAUAAUGGAGAGCAGCCAUAGAAAAGUACAUUCUGAAGCAUCUAUUCAUGAGAGUGCUCUCAACUCUAUUCAACAUGUAACUCCACGAACUGAGGGUGAAAUUUCGGGUCCAAUAACGGAAGAGAAGUUGGCCAAAAAAUUUGGACAGUCUCCAAUUUUCAUUGCAUCAACUCAAUUGGGUGAUGGCGAGGCAGUAAAACAUGGCAGUCUCGCUUCUCUUCUCACAGAAGCCAUACAUGUCAUUAGUUGUGGCUAUGAAGAGAAAACAGAAUGGGGGAAAGAGAUUGGAUGGAUCUAUGGAUCAGUUACAGAAGAUAUAUUGACAGGGUUUAAAAUGCAUUGCCAUGGAUGGAAAUCUAUAUACUGUAUUCCUGAGAGAGCUGCAUUCAGAGUAUUUGGUCCAAGAAACCUUGCAAAUUAUAUGCAACAAGUGUUUGAAAGUGCCCUUGGAUCCAUUGAAAUUUUCAUGAGCAAACAUUGUCCUCUUUGGCAUGGAUAUGGUGGAGGACUGAAGUGGCUAGAGAGAAUUUCUUAUGUCAAUUCCAUGCUCUCUCCUUUCACAUCAAUUCCUUUGCUGGCAUAUUGUACUCUGCCUGCUGUUUGCUUGCUAACUGACAAGUUUAUUAUUCCUCAGCUUAGCAGCAUAACUGGCAUGUGGUUCCUAUCCCUCUUCAUCUGCAUCUUCACCACAAGCAUUCUAGAGAUGAGAUGGAGCAGAGUUACAAUCCAUGAAUGGUGGAGAAACCAGCAAUUUUGGGUCAUGGGAGGAAUCUCAGCUCAUUUAUUUGCUCUCUUCAUAGGCCUAUUCAAAGUCUUGGUAGGUGUAAACACAAACAUGAUUCUGACGACGACGACAAUAACAAAAGAUAACGAUCAUGACCAUUCUGAAUUGUUUGCAAUAAAGUGGACAACAUUUCUCAUUGUUCCAACAACAUUGUUGAUGUUGAACAUAAUUGCCAUUGUGGCUGGAGUCUCACAUGCAAUAAACAAUGGCUUUGAAUCUUGGGGUCUUCUAUUUGGAAAGCUCUUGUUUUCAUUGUGGGUAAUUCUCCACUUGUAUCCAUUGCUGAGAGGUAUGAUGCACAAUAAUAAUAGAACUCCCACCAUUGUUCUUGUAUGGUCAAUCUUGCUUGCAUCAUUCUUCUCUGUUCUGUGGGUGAAGAUAGAUCCAUUCUUACCCAAGUCAAAUGGUCCAAUUUUAGAGGAAUGUGGAUUGGAUUGCAGUUAACAGAAGGCC